AUGCCGCUUGAGAGUGUUGCGGUGCCUCCUCAGGUAAUAUACCGUCGAAGUACUGAUGUAUUUGUGUCUGAACAUGAACAACAAGCACAUGGAAUCACAACAGCAACACCAUCCGUAACUAGAAUACCUCAUGUACGUGAUCAUAACAAAAAUAUGAGAUGGAGAGGUAGAGAUCAUGGAUGGAAUAAUAGGAAUAUAUGCAGUAGAAUACGUGAUUUUUACACAGAUGAUCAAAAUGUUAUUUGUACUCUUUUUACCGUUAUUGUUAUUCUUCUUCUGUUAUGUAUAUUCCUUAUUGGUAUGUGUUCCUGGCUGCUUAUUAGUAAACAAGAAGAAAUCAUUGUACCCAAAAAAGCAUCAUCGUCAGUAAAGAGUAUUGAUAAGGAUGCUCUUAUGGAUAUUUGGCGUCUUUAUGAAACAGCCUCACGAACAAAAGAAGAAUAUCACGUGCGGGCCCUUCGUGAGUAUUUAUUACGAUAUAAACGAAUGGCAGAAGAUCGUCAACGAGAAGAAGAUGCCGGUAAAACGGAAAAACGAAUCGAUGUGGCUCCAAUAGAUGAACCUUUAGCCGCAGUAAUUCCUCGAUUUACAGCUGCCCCUCAACAAAGUCUUCCAGAAGUGUUAGCCGCACUUGAAAAGAUAAUGGCACGAGUGAUGGAAAAGGAUCCAAUGAAUGGAUUAGAAAAGGCCGCCGUAUUUCUCGCAAAAAACUUUUGGCGAAUGGAAAAAACAGAAAGUUAUGAAAAUAAAACACAAUUAACAAGAGAGAAAGAGGCAUUGGAACCAUUUGAUGAUAUUCUCUAUUUACAACUUCGUCGUUAUUUUGACACCAACGAAGAUGAUGAUGAUAAUGAUAAAAAGAAGAAAAAGAAGGAGUUUUCUUCUCCAUGGACUCCUGGUGAAGAAGGAAAAAUAGAAGAAAUCAUUAACACGGAUAACAAGAAUGAGGAAAAUGAAGAAAAACGAAAACAAUGUUGGCAUCAUAUACGUUCAAAGGCUGCUUCUGUUUAUACAGGUCGUUAUUAUUAUCCAUUACGUCGUUUUCAUCGAAUGCGACGUUUUUCAGUAGAAACAGCAGAUAUGACGGCCUCAUGGGUUAACGCAAUGGCGUAUGAUUACUUUGAAGAUAAUGAAGAAAUCAUCAACAUUACACCUUUUAAACCUCCUGAACCUCCAAGUCAAGAAUACUUAACAUCCAUGAAAAACGCAUGGAAGAAAACACUUGAAUUAUCACCAAUAGCAUCAUCAUUAUUAACUACAUCACCAGAGGCACCGGUAUUUACCGGUACAUUAUUUGUGAAUCUUGCGAGUUUUCGCGAUAAAGAGUGUUGGCCAUCUAUUGAAAAUAUGUUUAUACGAUCUGGAAAUAUGUUUCGUGUUUAUUUUGGAAUAGCAGAACAAAAUCAUGAGAGUGAUCUCAGUUGUCUUUCAUAUGAUGUAUUAUUACCACGAUCCUGCAUGUCUGCUCCCUCAUCAUCGUUAUCAACAACAACUAACACAAUGACAGGAGUAGGAGAGGGUAUUACUUUUAAUAAUAAUAAUAAUAAUAAUAAUAAUAAUAAUAAUAAUAAUAAUAAUAAUAAUAAUAAUAAUAAUAAUAAUAAUAAUAAUAAUAAUAAUAAUAAUAUUGAUAUUAAUAGUAAUGACCAUCGCUACGGUGGUGCUAUUUGUUUCCCAAUAGACAAUAUUCGUAUUCGACAUGUACGAUCUUCUGCAGCAUUUGGUCCAACGUAUGGUCGUUAUAUCUCUAUGCUCUUAUACCGAGGUGAGGAUUACACACUGGUAUUAGACUCUCAUAAUCGAUUUGUGUAUGGAUGGGAUAUUCGUAUUAUUGCCAUGUAUGUUCUUCAACAACACCCAAAAUUAGUACUUUCUCAUUAUCCAGAAAGUUAUAUAGAGAGUGAAGGGGAUAAAUUUAAAUUUGAACGUGAAACGACGGCAUAUUUGUGUAAGGCUCAAUUUCUUGAUACAGCUGGAUAUAUUCGAUUAAAUGGGAUCGUUACAAAUAACCCUGAAGAAUUUAAUCGUAAUAAUCAAUAUGCAGAGCCUUAUAAAAUAGAGGAACUUCAUUUAAAUGAAAGUAUUCCUCGUCCUUUACUACAACCAUGGGCAGCAGGUGGAUUUCUCUUUGCAAAUGCCACUAUUAUGCGUGAGGUACCAUUUGAUCCCCAUCUUCCUUAUAUCUUUGAUGGAGAAGAAGUCAUGUAUGCUGUUCGUUUAUGGACGCAUGGAUAUGAUAUUCACUCUCCACUGCGAGGAAUAUGUUCUCACUUCUAUACACGUGUGGGUCAACCAAAAGUAUGGUUUGAGGCCCCACGAUGGACAGCCGUGCAGGGACAAUCCCGAAAACGUAUUCAAUACUUUUUACGAGCACGUGUAAAAGGUGUGGAUGUUCUCCGUAUUCCACGCAAUACACAACUGCCUGUUGUUGUGAUGGAUGCGGAUCGGUACGGUGUUGGAAGGGCACGAUCGGUGGAGGAGUGGUAUUCCUUUGCGGGUGUGGAUCCCAUACACUAUACAUUAGAUGGUCGUUGGUGUGGGAAUUAA